AUGGCAACCGUACGAUCAAACUCGAUCACGGUCUUCUUCGUCGUUUUCAUUCUCUUCGCAACCGCACCAUUUCCUUCUCAAUCCAUAUCUUUCUCCUCUUACUUCCGUUACCGAGACCUCUUCUCCCUUUCGCAUUCCCUUCUCAUCGGCGUUGCCAACCUCCGGGCCUCGCGAGGCGACGUUGUUGGCGCCGACCGAGCUCGGGCCAUCGCCAACAGCCUCGACCGUGGAACCGUCUUCGGCUUCGCCAAACUCCUCUGGACGUGGUCGUGGACGGACUUGUCCUUCACGGAUAUUUACGGCGUCGUUUCGGACAUGAACGAGUUGCUGAGGGGCUUGACUGAGUUGACUCGUUUGGAAUCGGUCGCGGAAAGGUCAGCUUGGAUUUCGCGAAAUUACCAGAGUGUCCUCACCGUCUCAAAGUCGCUUUCCAGCAAGCUCCUCAAAGCGUUUCGCCAGUCGACUCUACAUAUAAGAGCACUGAGAGAUUUCCUGGAACCUCUGAUAUAA